GGGUACUUGCUCUACGGGACCUUUGCCAGCUACACCUCCACCCUCAGCGCGCACCCCUUCAAGGCCCACGGUGCGCGGGGACUCCGCCUCUACGGCAAGGAAGAAGCAGAUGGCAAGGGCCGCAACUCCAACGAAUUCCUCAUGCAGUCGCUCAAUACCGAAGGCGUAUCUUGUAGCGGCUAUUCCUACGAGCGCGUUGCUUCUGAGGUAUCCUCGCUACAGCUCACCCAUUUACAGAUGGAGCACGUAUACGAGCUGGGCAUUUGUAACCAAUGCCCGGAUGUGCCAUGA